AUGGCCCACUCAGGGUCUUCUUCCGCCGGCAGCUUCUCCGUGAAGCUGCUGGCCUCGUACGCCCUGGACUGGAUCGUGCUGGUGGUCAUCACCGUCGUGGGCGGCUUCCUCGGGCGUAUUGAGCCCAACAAGCGGCCCUUUUCUCUCGACGACCCCAACAUUUCGUUCCCCUUUGCAGACAAGGAAACCGUCCCGUCGUGGCUCCUCGUCGUCCUCUGCGCGCUGCUCCCCGCCGUCGUCAUCUUCCUCGUCUCCUUCAUCCUCAUCCCGGGCAGCACGGUGCCCAAAAACACCAGCCUCGCCCUCGUCUGGAAGCGCAAGGUGUGGGAGCUGCACGUCGGCUGGCUCGGGCUCCUCAUGGCCGUCGGCUCCGCCUUCUUCUUCAUCAGCGGCAUCAAGAACAUGUGCGGCAAGCCGCGGCCGGACCUGCUGUCGCGGUGCGCGCCCGACCUGGCCAACGCCGCGCGCUACGUCGUCGGCGGGCUCGGCCGGGACGAGGCCGCCCCGUCCGCGACGAGGCUCUACUCGGGCGACAUUUGCAGGCAGACGGACCGCAAGAAGCUCGACGACGGCUUCCGCAGCUACCCCAGCGGGCACGCCGCCGCCGCCGCCGCCGGCCUCAUCUACCUGUCGCUGUUCCUGGCGAGCAAGCUGGCCGUGACGCUGCCGUUUGCGGUGCCGUGCCCGGCCGCGCCGCUCGACGACUCGAUGCACGGCGCCUUUCCGUCGCGCGCCGCCGCCGCCGACCACCCCGUCUCGCUGGAGCCCUCGCGCGGCAAGCUGAGGCUCCUGAACCGCAACGCCCAGUACAACACGCGCCUCCAGUCGCUCAGGCGCCAGGCCGCCGCGCCCCCCGUCUACCUGCUCGCCGUCACGCUCGUGCCCCUGUGCCUGGCCAUCUUCAUCUCCGCCUCGCGCUGGUUCGACUUCCGCCACCACGGCUUCGACAUCCUCUUCGGCUUCAUCAUCGGCACCGUCACCGCCAUCUUCAGCUUCCGCUACUACCACCUGCCCAUCAUGGCCGGCGCCGGCUGGGCCUGGGGUCCGCGCAGCGACGACCGCGCCUUCUGGGCCGGCGUCGGCCGCCUCGGCUUCGCCGGCGACAACCUCGACGACGACCACCCGCCGCGCAUGGAGCCCCCCGACCUCGGAGAGUCCGGCGACGCGGACGUCCUCGGUCCGCGGGGGGGCUCUGCUGCCGCUGGCGCUGGCGCCCUGCGUCGCGGCGAUCGUCCCGCGCCCCUUCACUUCCACGACGUCGAGCUGAGCAGCAUGAACCGAGGGCACCAGCAGCCGCCGUACCCGCAGGGCGCGUAG